CGCGCAUGUUAGGUCAUGAAGGUGAAACGCUACCACCAAGCCCCGGCCGAGGUGGCCAAUCAGAGAGCUCGCACGGAGCGGCGCAACGUGGCCGUCGGCCAAUCGGAGAGAUGGUAUGGGAAGAGGCGGGAGCUCGUGCGCGCGCCCGGGAAAAAGGAAGACGAAGACUGCAGGAGAGGGCUAACUAUGCUGCGGUGCCAGUCUUUGGAUGAUGGGGACGGGUUUCCUGACCUGGAGGAAGAUGAAGACAUCGAUCAGUUCAAUGAUGAUACCUUUGGUGCUGGAGCAAUCGAUGAUGAUUGGCGUGAAGCACAUGAGCGUUUGGCAGAGAUGGAAGAGAAGCUUCCUCCUUCCCAUAUUUUUGAUCGGGCCUCCCCUAACCUUGAUCCACUUGGGGAGCAGCAAGAAGAGUUGGAGCAUAGCCUGAGUCAACUUGUGAAAGAGAGCGAGGAGCCAUCACUUCCCCAGGGAUCACGCACACAGAUUUCACCAGGGAUGAAUUCAUGUAUUUGGAACUCUGCCUCUUCACUGCGGCCUAUCAGAGGACCACUUCUCACAGAGGAUAUGACUCCUCUAUCAAUAUUGCAUGAGUAUGGUCUUGCUCCAUUGCCACCUCCCAGCCAUGAUGAUUUGGAGAGAGAUGCUUCUGAGAGAGCCCUGCCUCGCCGUUCCACCUCCCCUGUCAUCGGGAGCCCACCCGUGCUUGCUGUGCCUAUUGGGACUCCUCCAAAACAUGGAGUAGGCCCUGCUUUCAAUCAGCAGCAGGUGUUGUGUCCAAAUCCAAUUCACAUUCGAGCCUCUUCAUCCCAUUUCGGCAGCCACCCAAGUAACACAGCUUCACUCUUAAGGCAUCCUUUUCCUUCUGCCCUCUCACCUCUUCAACGAGCCCAGCUUUUAGGAGGAGCACAGGCAGCACCUGGUCGAUUAUCACCAAGCCAUUUUUCACGUGCUACAGGACUUCAUACAACUUCUUUGACCUCUGCUGCACCCAAGCUUUUGCAGGGACAUGUUGGUCAAAUGGUAGCUGCUGGAGGGGCUGGAUUUCGGCCCUUUUUUGGAGUUCACCCUCCUACUGCACCAGGAGCUCACUUGAAUAAUUUAAGACCUCAGCCACAGUUCCGCCCAGAUACUACUCAUCUGCACCCACAACACAGACGACUACUCCACCAGCGUCAACAGAACCGCAACCAACACCGUGGGGUAAAUGGUUCAUCUGGGGAUCGCUCUUCCAGACCCUCUCAUUCAGAAUCUCGCCACCGAGAUCCUUACGCAGGCCUCAUGCUUCAACGAGAGAAAGAGUGGGUUUGUCGUAUCCAGCUUCUCCAGCUACAGAGUACUGAUCCAUACCAUGAUGACUUCUACUAUCAGAAUUACUUUGAGAAGCUGGAUAAACUGUCUGCCUCACAAGACAAACCUAGAGAGGGUCCGAAGAAGGAACGCACAAAACUUAUUACACCUCAAGUUGCCAAACUGGAGCACACAUAUAAACCAGUGCAAUUCGAAGGCUCUCUUGGGAAGUUAACAGUCUCAAGUGUGAACAACCCUCGAAAGAUGAUUGAUGCUGUCGCAACGUCUCGAUCUGAUGAAGAUGAAAACCGUGAAAAGCAAGUUCGAGACAAGCGACGUCAGACACUAGUGGUGAUAGAAAAGGCGUUUUCAGUGGUUUUGCAAUUGGAAGACUUCGAACGACGAUUUGCAAUGACCUGUGAGGAAGAGGAGAGACUGGCUUUGCAUGAGGAACGCAAGCAAAAACUUCAGAAGCUGUCUGAGAUUUUCAGAGGCAGAGAAGGAGGGGAAAAAGCGGCUGAAGAACAGUUUGUUCAGAUCAUGUGCAUAAGGAAGGGGAAACGGAUGAUUGCUCGUGUUCUACCCCUGCUGUCUGUACAGUCAGCUGCUUCUCUGCUGUGUACCAUAGCGCAUAACUUGCCUUUUCUCAUCAAGAAAGAUGUUCAAGAUCAGGCUUUACUGUAUCUGGCUGGUCCCUGCACCCUUGUGCUUAAUCAAUUGUCUCCAGCUGCUCUUGCUUCUGUACUACAAAGCCUUUGUGGCUCUGCCAUCACUCCUCCUCAGCAGCAGCUUUCAUCAGUACUACAGAACAAGUUUGGACUCGCUUUGCUCUGCCAGAUUUUGGACCGGGGUGAAGAACUGCUUAAUUCAGAAGAUUCUUCAGUUUUUAGUCAGAGUCAAUGGACAUCUCUAAUUGCACAAAUAGCUCACUGUAUCCUGCAGAUACCAUCUCCCUCCUUGUCCCAGCCCCCCUGCUCUCCAGGCAAUGCUCUGGUUCACUUUUCACGAUACCUUGACGCUCAGAAUCUUAGUCAACUACAGUCAAAACUCAGCUCUACAUCCAGCACACAAUAAAAGUGGCGAUGUUUGUUAGUAUUGGCCACAGAAGCAGCCGCACAAGAUGCUUCUCAGCCCCUCUCUGCUUUGGGGUUUUUAUGUGAAAUGUUAAUCAUAUACUCAGGUGCAACUGGAGUAUUUGGAUUUGGAAGGCACAAUAAUGCCUGAAAUCACAAAGCAACAGAAAGAAUUGGCCCAGUCUGCAGUACAAUGAUACAACAGUGGACAAUACAAACAAUUAAAAGGUGGCAAUGUUUUUAGACCACAGCUGGAACCAAUCUUUUCUCAUUGCUUGUGUAUGAUUUUUAAAAGAAUGGAAUAUUAAAUGGCAUCCAAUUAAUAGCACCAUGAAAACAGGCGAGAUUCAGCUUAAUGUUGGAAGAUAUGUAUCUUAUAUUAUCAACUAAAAUACAUAUUAAUGUGUAAAUAAACAAAGUAUUGAAACAGA